CUAAAACAUAUUACAGUGCAAACAAACCAAACCAACCACCCACAGAUAACAGUACAUACAAGCAAGCGUCGUCAGGCAGGCCGGGUCAAUAUCAAUAGGGCAGGUAGGUACAGGGGGAGCAAGCGGAGAUGGGUCGGGGUCACAGGCCAGGUUCAGCAGGUAGCAAGCAGCGUGGUACAGAGGGUCAGGCAGAGGGAUGGUCAGGAGCGAGCCGGGAUCAGAGCAGGAGAAGUCGGCAGCGGUUCAGAUCAGGCAGGGUCAGCAAAGGAACAGAAACAGGAUGCAGGACAGAUACAGGGCCCAGGACAAACACAACACCAAGGCAGAGUCUGCAAGUCUGGCCAU